UCACAGAGGGGCUGCUGGAGAUCCAGCCCCUCUGCUGGCUGCACCACAGCCCUCGCCUUCAGGUUCUUUUCUUCUUGCUUUGUGACAGCAGUGGGAGUGCCAGUGCGGUGACAGUGCUGUUCUCACCUAACCCACGGCAGAGAAGGGAACAACCACAUUGCACGCGGACACCCUCCUCGAGGGGAGCACAGGGCUGGGAGGCACCCAGCCUCCCCUCCUUCGUUCCCCUGGGCUCCGUGUCUGGGAGGAAGCAACACCAGCAGCUCGGACCUGGGCGGACCUUCAGGGAACAUGCAGCCAGUCCUGCUCUCAUUGGCCUUUCUUCUGUCCCCCGGGCUGGGACGGCUCCUGGGCUGUAUCUCCUGCAACUCCAUGCUCCCCACACCCGCCUCUGCUCUCUGCAGCUCAAUCAACUUCACCCUGGGGGCCCACAACAUCAAGAAGCUGGAGAGAACACAGCAGGGUCAAGAUUAUUUUCCACGUAGGAGGGGAUCAGUGCCAGGAAGGCCCCUGAGUGCCUGGGAACUCAGGAUCAUGACGGCUCAUCAGAGGAGCCCUCUGAGAGCAGGACUAAGGUGCCGUAAAGCUGAGACACAGGACAGCUCAAUCAACGUCACCCUGGGGGCCCACAACAUCAAGAAGCCAGAGAAGACCCAGCAGGUGAUCCCAGUGAGAAAGGCCAUCCGUCACCCAGACUAUAACCCUAAGAACUUCUCCAAUGACAUCAUGUUACUGCAGCUGGAGAGAAAGGCCAAGCUGACUAAGGCUGUGAAGACCCUCGGCCUGCCCAGGGCCAAGGCCCAGGUGAAGCCGGGACAGAUGUGCAGUGUGGCCGGCUGGGGGCAAGUGGCGAGGGGCAUUCAAACCUCCACCCUGCAGGAGGCAAAGCUGAGGGUGCAGGACGAUGUGACGUGCGAAUUCCCCUUCCCCAGCGGCUAUUACCACCGGGCCUCCCAGAUCUGUGUGGGGAACCCGAGGGACAUGAAGACCAGCUUCAAGGGCGACUCCGGCGGGCCCCUCGUGUGCAAAAAUGUGGUCCAGGGUAUUUUCUCCUAUGGAAAAAUGGAUGGGACCCCUCCCGGAGUCUUUACCAAGGUUUCACACUUCCUGCCCUGGAUAAAGAAAACAAUGAAGCCCCUCUAACAGCUAGCUGGAGAAUCACCUUUUUCCGUGCUGACCACUGUUCCGGAGCAGCGGCGAGACUCCCAUGGGGAUUGGCACUGGGAUCACAGGGCCAUAAUAAAUGGAUCUCCAGGGUGAUUAUCA